CCGCCGGGCCCCGCGUCCAGCCACCCGGUGCACGCAGAGAAACUUUCCCUCCCGGCCUCGGGAACUGCGCCCCGGCUGGGCUCCGAGCGGAGAUCGCGGGGCUGCGAGAAGGCGGCGGUGCUCCACGCCCCUGCCCUGGCUGAGAAAGGAGAGAGUGAUCAAAGGAGAACUUGAAUGACAACUCUAUGAUUGAAAUUAUCCAAGAUCAACAGUGUCUAUACUUUUUCAACUAUAUUUGAAUAAAUUCAGGCUAUAAAUUGUGAUUGAACUGAACCUCUGCUUGACUGUUCUUCAUCAUGAACCGUGCUUUUAGCAGGAAGAAAGACAAAACAUGGAUGCACACACCAGAAGCAUUAUCAAAACAUUACAUUCCCUAUAAUGCAAAGUUUCUUGGCAGUACAGAAGUGGAACAGCCUAAGGGAACAGAAGUUGUGAGAGAUGCUGUGAGGAAGCUAAAGUUUGCAAGACACAUCAAGAAAUCUGAAGGUCAGAAAAUCCCUAAAGUUGAGUUGCAAAUAUCAAUUUAUGGAGUAAAAAUUCUUGAACCCAAAACAAAGGAAGUCCAACACAAUUGCCAGCUUCAUAGAAUAUCUUUUUGUGCAGAUGAUAAAACUGACAAGAGGAUAUUCACUUUCAUAUGCAAAGAUUCUGAGUCAAAUAAACAUUUGUGCUAUGUAUUUGACAGCGAAAAGUGUGCCGAAGAGAUAACUUUAACAAUUGGUCAAGCAUUUGACCUGGCAUACAGGAAAUUUCUAGAAUCUGGAGGAAAAGAUGUUGAAACAAGAAAACAGAUUGCAGGCUUACAGAAAAGAAACUUAUUGUUCUCAUGUGACUUUGCUUCACUUCCUGAUGCUUCUCAUGGGGAUCAGAGCAGCAGAAGCAGCAGAUGCUGGAUUCAAGAUUUAGAAACAGAAAAUGUGGAACUCAAAAAUAAAGUACAAGAUUUAGAGAACCAGCUACGAAUAACCCAAGUAUCAACUUCUCCUCUGCUGCACAAAAUGUCUGAUCAUGAGCAACAUGGGUUUCAGAGAUGUUCAUCCUCUUUCUGGCAGAGUAGUGAUGGUUCAUCUUCCUGUGUAAACAUUUCUUCCAUUACUGUCACUCCUGUCAACCCGCCUGAUUCCAGACUAUCACUGGGACUGAUAAUACCACCACCUUCUAAAUGGGGCCUUUCCAAGCCAAUCAGUGGGAACAGCAUUCCAAGACCUCAUGCAGGCAGUAUGACACCUAAGUCACCUUCUACUGACAUAUUUGAUAUGAUUCCAUUUUCUCCAACAUCACACCCAUCUUCACUACCCACUCGCAAUGGCACACAGCCACCUCCUGUACCUAGUAGAUCUACUGAAAUUAAACGAGACCUGUUUGGAGCAGAACCUUUUGACCCAUUUAACUGUGGAGCAGGGGAUUUCCCUCCAGAUAUUCAGUCAAAAUUAGAUGAGAUGCAGGAGGGGUUCAAAAUGGGAUUAACCCUCGAAGGCACAGUAUUUUGUCUUGACCCAUUAGACAGCAGGUGCUGAUGUCAAGAACAACAGAUCCUGAUCCCAUGUUCAGUUUUCUUUCAUAUACAUAUAUAUCAUUCAUUAUUACUAUGUAACAGAUAUUACACAUGUGCCAAUAUAUUUUUGAAUAACUUUUUAAACAAUUAUUUUAGUAAAAUUUCUUCAGACAUUCAGUCUUGAAUUUAUUUUAAAAACAGUUGCCUUUAUGUUUCUGCCUAUAUGCUCCUUCCUUUUCCUGUUGUACGUUAAUUCAUAAUUGAAAAACAAGUUAUCCAAAAUAUAUCCUUUGGUCUACUUUAAAUUAGUUUAGAAAACUUUUGUUCAGUUUUUGGAAUAAUAGUUUACUAUUGAAUAAUCCAAACUAUAAAUCAAUACUUUCAAAGUUCUGAAGAAUUUAUCAAUGCCAAACUAACAUGCUCUAUAUUCAAACCAGUAAGUAUGUUGCCAAUGAUUAUGUCAUUUUGUGUAAGUGAUUGUUUAUGUCUUUGAAAAAUAUAAAUUUGAAUAUAAUACAGACAUGUGAUUAUUAUGAGACAAAUUAAAAUCCAGCUUCCAAUGUUUAAACCAAAUGCAUUUAAAGUGUUAGUAAAUAAAAGGUAAUAGUGUCAUACUCAUAAUAGAACUUAUGAGAGGAAAAAAGGAAGUUUUCUAUUUACAGAAACACUCAAAAUAUGAUUGUAAUCCAAUAUUAUCCAACACCUUUAAUAUCAUCUGAUAUGUUUUUCCUUAAAAACUCAUUUGGAAUAUAUGCUUUGUGUACUUUAUGUACUUGUCUCUUACUCUUAUUUACUUUGCCAAAUACAUUUUUUUCUCAACUGAAUUAGAACUAUCCUUUUAUUUUCUUCUUUGAUAAAGAUAUUUUCUAACCAAAGCUUAUUUUAUGAUGCAACAUUAGUUUUGAGAUAUUAAAAUCAAGGCAAGUAUUCUGUAUACAUCAACAAUAUUAUUUAGAAAAUUUACUUUGUAUUUGACUUGGUGAGGACAGAGUCUCAAUUUUCACAAGAUCGAGUUGGUCAGUUUAAUCCUUAAUUAAAAUAAUCAUUAGAAUCUUCGAAUGUACUGAUGAACAUUGUCCUUUAAAACUGUUUGUUCCCUAUACAUUUCCUAUACUAUUAUACAGAAGAUUCUAAGUUGUACUCAUUAUGACAAAUAUCCAUAGUCUAAAUUAAUUAUUUGGUUCAUCACAUUAUAAUAAAUAAAAAUCAAAGAUCUGAUAUUAGAUGGCAGUGAUGCUCAAAAUAUGCUUUUCUUUCACUCGUGGCAAUUACUCAUGGCAAUUGUCUUCAAAUGCUAAAGGUACGUUUCUCUAGGAAAAGAAUCAAAUAUGCUCAUGCAAUAUUAUAUUUGUAUGUAUCUCCACAAUAACUUAUGGUCUGUAUAAGCCUUCUUUGUUUUUUUUUUUUGGUUUUUUGUUUGUUAUCUGCUAAGCUGUACCUUAAUUAGAGGUUAGUAUGUUUCAUAAAGAAGACUCUUUAUAAUUUUGUUUGUCACAUAGUAUUUUGGAAUUUAUAUAAUGAGGAUGUUUAGAAGCUAUUCCAAUGGCUUUUUUUAACAGAUAGAAUUUGUAUUUUUAUUGUACUUAAAAAGCUUUAUGUAAUAGCUAUAUAUUUAGUGGCCAUUUACUAUCAAUGAUAAUACAAUAGAUUACUAAGAUGGUAUUUGCACAUUUAAGGUAGUACUUUAAAAUUUUUAAUGUUAAGAAAUUCUGCUACUGGCAUGAUUAAGUAGUACAUAAUUAGUCAUUAAUUAUGAACAUUUAUUUCACCAGUGCAUUUUUUGAAAAUCUCGUUGAAACUUGUAUUUCUAUGUAAACAAUAAUGUUUGAUUUUGCCAAGAAUAAAUGAUUUCA